AUGAAUUCAUCUGCAUUCAAUGAUUUCGAUUACUAGGAUGACGAUGCUUUUGAAACUUACAAGGAGGAUCAAAUAGAUUAUUUAGAAAGACAUGAGGAUGAUUUUGAAAUACCUUUUAGUAAAUACCAAAUAUACUAGUUUAUGGAUGAGAUAGAAGAAUCUAACUUAUUUCUUAUGAAAUUACUUGAGGAAGAAGAUCAAUACCAGGAGAGUCACAAAGAUAAUACUCUAUUUGAAAUAAAGUAGACUAAGCUCAAACUCUAAGAUGCCUUUGAACAAAUAAAACUAAAAGAGAGAUAAAUUUAAGAGGGCAAAGAUAAGUAAUAGAGCUAUGAAAAAACUAAAAUAUAUCUAUAGCAAAGUUAAGGAGAUAGCUUUUAUGGAAUCAUGGAUACCUAGAAAUUUGCUAAGUUAGUUUUAUUACUGAGAGACAUGCAUUUAAGACUGCAUAACUAUGAAUUUGAGCCUGAUUCUAAUGAAUCUAAGCAUCAGUUAAUUGAGUCAAAUACCAUCAGACCAUAAUUACUCCUUAAACAAGUUGAAAACAAACUAAUGUAUCUAAGUGAGGCAUAUGAUCACGUUUCAUCUCUUGCUGAUAAAUCUUCAGCUUUGAAAAGAUAAAUGAAUGAAAAGCUAAGACUUAAUGACAUUGAGAAGAGACAUAAAAAGUAAGAAGACAUCAAGUAAAGAGAAAAAUAAGAUCGAUAAAUUAGAUACGAGAAAAAUAUAGAGCGCAUGAAAUAGAGUGAAAAAAAUAAACUUAACAAAGAUGUAAAAACUCAAAAAGCGAGAUCCAAAAAGCCAAUCAAAAUAAAAUAUUUGCGCUAAGUUGAGCCAACUCAAGAAGAAAUUGAUUAUUAGAAGUAUGUAGAAAAUAUAUGA